AUGGAAAUUGACAAAAAAUCACCUGUGGACGAUGCCAUCAACGAGAAGGAUGUGCAAAUCGGCACUAUAACGGAUCUUGACGAAGGCGAAGUCUUCCUCCGCCAACAUGGGUACAACCAAGAGGCUAUACAAACACUCCUGGACGACGAGCCGCGCAACAAGGCAAUGGUCCGCAAGGUAGAUCUUGUAUUGUUGCCUUUGCUUGCCGGGACAUACAUGCUCCAAUAUAUCGACAAAUCAGCCCUCGCCUACUCUGCGGUAUUUGAUCUUCUCUCCUCCACACAUAUGUCUAGCAACCAAUACAGCUGGCUGGCCAGUAUAUUCUAUAUUGCUUAUCUCGUCGCUGAAUACCCUUGGAAUAUCCUCGCCCAGAAAACAAAGCUCGCCAAGGUGGUUUCAGGAAACAUUAUUGCCUGGGGCGCGAUGCUCAUGAUUACCGCCACCUGCUCGUCUUUCAUCGGGAUGGCGAUCUGCCGCUUUCUUCUUGGAGUUUUCGAAGCUCCUAUUACUCCUUGCUUCAUGAUGAUGAUCGGAAUGUGGUACACACGUGCCCAGCAACCUUUCCGCGCUGGUGUCUUCUACAGCUGCAACGGCCUAGGUGCAAUGGUUGGUGGCAUCCUUACAUACGGUAUAGGACAAAUCCACACCAUUGCCGUAUGGAGAGCGAUCUAUCUUAUUCUGGGUGGCAUUACUCUCGUCUGGGGAGUUGUGAUGCUUCUAUUUCUUCCAGAUGAUGUGAUCUCGGCGAAGCGGUUCACUCUAGAUGAAAAGGCCCUCUUAAUUGGCCGUGGUCGACUUGGUCAAACCGGUAUCAUCAACCACCAAAUCAAAUGGUAUCAGAUCCGCGAGGCUUUAAUAGACCCGCAAGUCUGGCUCUUGUUCUUUUUUACACUUUUGAAUGAGGUUGUUAAUGGUGGAAUUGCGAGCUUUGGUAAACUGAUUAUCAAAGGAUUGACUGAUGACUCGGCAACUGCUGUCGCUUUGGGUAUUCCUUUUGGAGGAUUCCAGAUCUUCUACGUACUGGGAGGAACAUAUCUCGCAUCUCGAAUCAAGAACUUCCGGACUGUCGUUAUGUUUAUUUACUUGAUGCCCACUAUUCUUGGUGCUAGUCUCCUGUGGAAGCUGGAUCAUCAAACAUACAAAGUCGGAGUGCUGUUUGGCUAUUAUAUUAUUGGAGCCUACGUCUGCUCUUUGGUGCUAGCUCUGCAGAUGCCAGCAACAAACCUAGGUGGUUAUACUAAACGGACCACCAGUGUUGCUUUAGUAUUCUUGGCGUACUGUGCCGGCAAUAUCAUUGGACCCCACGCAUUCCUUGCGAAAGAAGCACCCAUUUAUCAGACCGGAGUCAAACUCAUUCUCGCAUGCUCAUCGGCGCAGGCAGCUCUGGCCAUUUUGUUGCGUUUCAUCUUGGCUCGGAGAAAUAAACGGAGAGAUGCUGCCGCUGCUGCUGUUGGCCAUGUCGAGUCAUCUCUCGAUGAAAGCGCUAUGGCUGACUUGACUGAUUUCGAGAACCCGAGAUUCAGAUAUGUUCUUUGA